GACCGUGACCAGUUCAUAACUGUCUUAUCACAAUAACCUAAUAUAGAGGAGGCACGUGCUACAUGUAACCUUGUCCUUCAUUCAUAAAGCAAGCUCCACAACAUGCAAGGGUAGUGUUUUUACAGCAUCAAUAAUUAUAUUAUUUAUAAUAUCCUUGUUCCAAGAUGUCUACUGUUACUAUUGGCUACACAUGCCACCUGGACCCUGGUCUUUACCGGUUAUUGGUUCCAUUCAUCAGAUAGAUCCUAAGCAACCACACAGAUCCUUCCAGAAACUGUCAUUGAAAUAUGGCGGCAUAUUGAGUGUCCGAAUGGGAUUAAGAGAUAGAAUUGUGUAUAUAACUGAUCUCGGAUUAAUUAAUAAAAUAUUCUUCGACCGAUAUGCAUCUGAUCGUCCGCCAUUAAACGUUUUUAAAUAUUUGACUAAAGAUGUAGAUGGCAUUGGUUCUUCAUCCUACGGAGAAAACUUUAAGAAACAGAAACAUCUUAUAGUAAAUGCCAUAAACACAAUUCGAAACACUUCUGCUCAACACAAGAUUGAAAAAAUAAUGAAACAAUACUUAAGAAGCAUGUCUGAAACUGCAGGUGAAUCUUUUGAUCCCAAACAGUCCAUUAUAGAACUAACCAGCAGUUUGUUUUCAUCAUUAGUUUAUGGUUCUGAUUACAAUGAUUUUAAUGAUCCUGAAUUACAAACUAUUAUAUCCAACCAUAAAACUGUGAUGAACUAUAUUAGUCCUUUUCACCCGCUAAAUAUUAUGUCGAUGUUCUGGUGGAUUCCAAAUAAAUGGCUGAGGGAGUUUUACAAAUGUAUUAAGGAUAGGAAUAAUAUUAUAACAAGAAAAUGUUAUGAGAGUAAGAAAAUAAAGUCUGAAGAUAAAAAUCGUUGUGAAAAUAUCAUUAAUAUAUUACUAACUGAACAUGACAUCCAUGAAAAACAAGAUAUUCAAAAUCUCAUCAUGUCAGCAUGGACCGUGUUCUUAGCAGGGUCAGAGUCAGUACGGAGUCUUUGUCUAUGGACAUUAUUAAAUCUUGGAUUACACCCUCAGAUGCAAAACAGAAUUUACCAUGAUAUACAAACUGUUGUAGAAGAAAACAGCUUUCCUAAUAUACAACAAAAACAUCAGCUACCUUAUACAUGUGCUUUUAUAUUAGAGACAAUGAGAGUCUGUCAAGCUAAUGUACUUGGUAUACCACACUGCACAUCUACAGAUAUACAUAUAGACAAUAACUUCAUCCCUAAAGGAACAAUGAUUAUGCUGGGAUUUUGGGAGAAUUUGAACAGUUCUAAACAAUGGGCAGAAGCUACACAAUUUUAUCCCGACAGAUUCCUGGAUGAAAAUAAUAAAUUAAUUAGGUACCAGAUGUUGAACUCAUUCAUUGUUUUUGGGAAAGGACAUCGAAUGUGUCCAGGGUCGAGUAUAACUCUUGAUUUAAUGUUUUUAUUUGUUACAGCCUUAGUGAAAUGCUACCUUGUUGAACUUCACUUGAAAGAUGGGGAAAAAAUUGACAGAAACGGUCAGUUUUCUUUUGGCCUUGAGCCCUCGCCUUUUAAGAUAAGACUAACCAAACGUAAUAAUAUAAACUUUGAAAUUUUUUUAUAGAACUCAGCAACUAUUUGUGAUUGAGUUUUUAAUUGUCGAACUUGCAAACCACAAACCAAUCUCCAUUAUUUCAAAAUCUGGAUUGACUGGUUCUGCAAACAAACACAAACUAUAAAUGCGAUAAGACUUUGUAUCCAUGACAGAACCCAAAAAUUAGACACAGUCUUUAUAAUCGUUUUAAUUACAAAAUAUUAAGAUAAUAGCAACAAUACAUGUAACUGGUAAAACAUUUUACAUCAUUGGUGAUGAUAAUACAACCUGCCUUAUACUGAUAUAUGAAUCAUGUGUGUAUAUAAUUAUUUCAUGUUAAUUUUUACUAAGUAUCAAAAUUUUGCUUGACAAUUAUUAUAGGGUUUGACUGUUUCCUAUAUAAGAUACCAAGUAUCGAAAUUUUGCUUGACAAUUAUUAUAGGGUUUGACUGUUUCCUAUAUAAGACUUGAAAAAGAAUAAAGCCCCUUCUUCUUAUCAUUUAUUCCGAACAUUUCAGAAGAUUAAAAGGUUCUUGAAAUUUUUUAACAGAUUAUGACUAUGACAUGCCUUACUAUACAUAGUGUGUAUGUACUGGCUGAUAGCUGUAUCAUUUGCCUUUCCAUAAAAGGAAUUUCAAUUGUAUCAGUUACCAGACAAUCAUAAUAUUCAUACGAUCAUUUACCAUUAUAUAUGUAGACAUGGUUGUCAGGUACUAACAAAGAUUGUAUUUUGUCAAAAAGUGUCAGUAUAUAUUUAGUCAAAAUGUUAGAUUGUAUAUCGCAAAAAAGUGUUAGAUUGUAUUUUGAUAAAGAGUAUGUCAGAUUGUAUUUUGUCAGAGUAUGCCAGAUUGUAUUUUGUCAAGAGUAUGUCAGACUGUAUUUUGUCAAAGAGUAUGUCAGAGCUUCAGAUACAUGUAGUUGCAUAGUAGUACUAGGAUAAUAUUAUCAAAUACAUACCAUAUCUAAUGUAAGCAUUCAGUUACUGAUUCAAAUUAGCGAGUCUCAACGAUAAGGAAAUUUCCCAAUGCAUCAAUUUAUAAAAGGUUUUCGGUACUUAAUAUCAGCAAUAGUGAUUAUAGAAGUGCAUACAGAACAGAUCAACAAUACUGUUGUUAGUAUUAAUAAAUCCUUAGUGCAUGUUUUGUAUUAAACAGGCAUUAUGUAAGAGAUAAAUCUGCCUAUUGCAGGUCUUUCGUUGGGCCUUAACUGUAUAUAAAUUAUUAAUUAACAUAGGACCAUAAUCAACUCUUGAUGCCAUCGUUGGCUCCGAUUUUAAGUAUAGAUUUGAAUGGUUCGGCCAUGUAAUGAUUUCAUUUAAAAAUGGAGAAGCAAAGCUAAGACUUGAAUGACCAGUACGGUGGUUAUGAUCAAUGUACACAUUCUGUCAAAACUACAACUAUUGAUAACUUUGCCCAAAAUAAAGUAAUUUGAAUGAAAUUUUCAAUAUAUUCAUUUAGCAAUAUCUUUUUUUGAAAUACUAUAGCGAGAACGGCCUGCUUUUUAUCUAAAUCUUACAGAAUUCCCCUUUAAGCUUAUUUCUAGUGUAUGUUUUGUAUUUUUUUGUACAUUUAUUUUCUUGUAUCUUUUACAUGGAUACUAAUGCAAGUAUAUGUUUCAGAGCAAAUAAUGUUGAUCUAAUCUAUACAAUAAUUAUGAUA